AUGGAGAAUAUUGGCCACUUUGAGACGGGGGAGGGUCCUGAACAGGGGCAUAAUGCCCCCAGUGACACAGUCUCAUUGGACCAACUGGUCUCAAACCUGUUCAGUCAGCUGCAGGAUUUUGAGGAGGACCUGUUCCACUGGGGACACCCACCAGAGCUUCAGCAACUCCCUCAACACGAGGCUACCCACAGCGGCGGAGACAUUCAGCUGGAAACUGUGGAUCAAGAGGAUGUUUCUGCUCAGAUUCAAGCUGAAGACCUGCAUGCAGAGGGCGAGGCUGCAUGCAGAAGUCUGGAUCAGCCAAUCAGUGAGCUGGAAGUCCUUAGAGAGAGACAUGAGGCGGUUCAGCAUCAACUGAAGGAGUUUGACAACGUUAAGGAAGAGAACUCUUGUUUGGUCCAAAUAAACCAACGCCUGGAACUGAAGCUGCAACAACUCACAGAGAAGUCUCAGCAGAGUCAGAGUGAGCAGACGGAGGCGUACAGACGUCUGCGAGAUCUACAGCUCUCACAAGAGAAAGACUUACAGCAAAAGUGUGAGGACCUCCAGAGACUUCAGCAGAGGCAAGAAGAACAAGAGACACUUCAGCAGAAGUUGGAGCAAGAGAAACUUCAGCAGAGGCUAGAAGAACAAGAGAGACUUCAGCAGAGGCUAGAAGAACAAGAGAAACUUCAGCAGAGGUUGGAGGAGCAAGAAAGACUUUGCCAAAGUCUAGAGCGACAGAUUAGUGAGAGGGAAAGCGAAAGAACCAACAUAGAUUUGCUGGAGCAGAAACUGGAAGAGUUUGAAGGCCUGAAGCAGGACUACUGUGGCCUGGUCACAUAUUGCCAAAGUCUCCAAACAGAUCUAGAACAAACCAAGGAAAAGCUGCUGCAUAGUGAGUUUGUACGUCAGGACCUGCUUCUCUCACACCAGAAAGCCCUGAAGGAGCAUCGUGAGCAGCUGCAGCGAGUGAAGCAGCAUAUGGAAGAACAAAAGGAAGCUCACUCAUGUUUAGAACAGCAGGAUAGUGAGAGGGAAAUCCAAAACAGGAAGAUAGAGGCGCUGACACGGGAGCUAGAGGACUUUGAAGACGUGAAGGGGGAGUACUCUCGGUUGGUCAGUCAUUGUAAACGUUUAGAAAAAGAUCUGGAAGAGGCCAAAAGAUGCAUCAACCCCUGCAUCAACAAACUCUCCCAAGAGCAACUGUUGGAGAAGGAGAGUUUACAGCAAAAGGCAAUCAACAAAAGUUCAGAGAGAGAGAUGAUAGAGAGGCUCAAACGUGAACUAGAGGACUUUGAAGACGUCAAGGGGGAGUACUCUCGGUUGGUCAGUUUGUGUAAACGUUUAGAGAAGGAUCUAGAAGAUGCAAACAGAUGCAUCAACCAACAACUCCCCACAGACCAACUGUUGGAGGAGAGUUUAAAGCAGGUGGCGGUCGACAAAAGUUCAGAGAGAGAGAUGAGGGAGAGGAUAGAGAGGCUCAAAAGUGAACUAGAGGACUUUGAAGACGUGAAGAGGGAGUACUCUCAGUUGGUCAGUUUGUGUAAACGUUUAGAGAAAGAUCUGGAAGAGGCCAAGAAGAACUCUCUGGUGGUAGUAGCAGAGCAAGUCAGCGAAACUUGUGUUGACACCAGAGAGAGUGUUUCAGAAGAGAAGAUGCAGUCACAACCUUCUGACCAACACCAACAAAGUUGUGUCAGAAAAACCAUUAAUGUUUUUGGGCAGCAGUCAAGUAGAGAGCGACCCACACCUAAAAACUCCCAACAUGAAUGUGAGGAGCUCAGAGGGCUCAACGGAAGCGUAAAGAAUCUGACACAGUUCUUUGGUCCAGAACAUAAAACCAAGGAGGAGAAACAGGGGCAGGGCUCAGACCUGAACAGGACUUCAGCAAAACGAGGAGAGAGAGUCGCAGCUUUAAUGAAGAUGUUUGAGUCUUAA